CUUAGCACAGUCUUGUAUUCUGUCAUACACAUGUUACACAAAGAUAAUCAUAUAUAAUUCUAGAUCUAGAUGUAUCAUAAUGGGUUUGAUUUGUCAGCUCUACCUGGUCAUAUCAAUUUCAGGUUGAUUUCCUGAUGUGCACGGUGUCAAAUGUACAACUAGUCACACACUCACCCUCUCGCAUCAAAAUUACCACUAUCUCUCUUACAACGAAACAUAAUGGCGGUCCCACACGAUGCUCAGUCCGCCGCACUGCUUGCCCACGUCGCGACACAAUUGCAGCUCAAUAUCUCCUUCCUGGAGUCUCAGAACUAUAUGUCUGCUGAAGACGCCCGCAGCAUGCGUGAAAUCAUAUCACACCUGCCCGGCGGUGCAGGCCAGUCCGUUGUGACCACCGGUUUUAAUUUUAUCGAUCCAGCAGUCAUGACUAGAGCAAUCCCGCCUCCAGCAGACAUGCCUAAAGGGAGAGCGAUUCCGCCCCCACCUGUACAAGCGCCCCCGAUAUCGCCUAUUUCCUCCCAGAAGCCUAGACUCGUGAAAGCUAUCUGGGCAUACAACGAAGAUGGGGGAGAACCAAAUGAUCUCUCGUUCGCUACUGGUGAAGUCAUCGAAGUCGUCUUGGAGAAGAACGAAGAUUGGUG